UCAGCCCAUCGUCGGGAAAGCCGCAGCGUCCACAUAGAGGCGUGGUGCAUCGUGACGCAUAGACUCGUCGAGAUGCUGCAGCUGUUGGCAGCCCUGGUGGCCGCUUGCGCUGCGGUGGCGCUGUACGCCUACUACUGCUGGAGCUACUGGCCGCGACGGGGAAUCCCGUACAUCCCGGGGGCGCCCUUCCCAUUUGGACACGCGUGGCGCGCCAUGCUGUUCCAGCGCUACUUCGGCGACAUCUGCUGCGACCUCUACAGUGCGGUGCCGCCCUCCGAACCGAUGGUUGGAAUCUACAUGUUCACCCAGCCUGGAAUCGUCGUCAAGGACCCAGAGCUUAUCAAGAGCAUGCUCGUCAAGGACUUCCAGCACUUCCACGAUCGCGGCCUUUACGUCAACGAAGACGUCGACCCACUCACUGGACACUUGGUCUUUAUGGCUGGUGAAAGGUGGCGUUUGCUAAGAAACAGGCUGACACCUACGUUCACAUCAGGGAAGAUGAAGAUGAUGUUUCCGACGCUGGAGAAGUGCGCCCGCGAGCUGGUGGAGGUGAUGGGUGCUGGCUCCAGAGACGUGGAGUUCUUCGACCUGCUGGCUCGCUACGGCACUGACGUCAUCGCUUCCUGCGCCUUCGGCCUCGAGACGCACAGCCUGCAGAACCCGGACCAGGAGUUCCGCAAGUGGGCGCGCCGCCUCUUCGUCCCCACGCCCGCCCGAGGCCUCAUCGGUACCUUCUGCAACAUAUUCCCCUCUAUUGCCAACACCUUUCGGAUCCAUACAAUAUCUCCCGACGUGGAUGAGUACUUCACCACUUUGGUGAAGGACGCCAUCGAAUACCGAGACUCCCACGGAGUGUCGAGAGCAGACUUCCUGCAGUUGCUCAUGAACUUGCGGGACGACCAAAGCACCGACAAAACACCAGGAUCAAAGGACAUAAAGCUGACCCUUGGACAGCUGACAGCGCAAUGUGCGGUGUUUUUGCUGGCGGGAUUCGAAACGUCGUCGACCACCAUGAGCUUGGCGUUACAUGAACUAGCGUUCCAUCAAGACAUCCAGAAGAAACUGCAACAGGAAAUCGACGAGGCACUGCAAAAAUCUGGCGGCCAGCUUACAUACGACAAUGUCAUGAACAUGCCUUACCUCGACAAAGUUGUUUCAGAAACUCUUCGCAAGUAUCCGCCUCUGCCGAUGCUGAACCGGGCUGUGACACAGGAGUACACUGUGCCAGACAGGCAGUGGGUGCUGGAAAAGGGCACCAUGGUUCUGAUACCAGUGAUGGCCGUUCACAAUGAUCCACAGCACUAUCCUGAUCCCCAGCGAUUCGACCCGGAACGCUUCUCAGAAGAGGAGAAGAGCAAGAGGCACCCUUUUGCGUACCUGCCUUUCGGCGAUGGACCACGGGUUUGCAUUGGUAUGCGGUUUGGCCUCAUGCAGACGAAAAUGGGCCUAGCCAGUUUGCUCAGUCACUACAGUGUCGAACCCUGUGAUCGUACUGUUCGGAAAUUGGAGUGGACUAAACGUUCUCUCCUUCUGAAUCCUGUCUCAGGAAUAUGGCUGCGCUACACUUCUAGGGGAAAAUAA